CUACUUCCAGCAGCUGGAUCAGAGGGCAGCUCCUUUCCCCCAGCAUGGCCCAGCAGGCUUGGGCCAUCUGCUGCCUCCUGGGGGGCCUCCUGCUCCACGGGGGCAGCCCCAGCCCCAGCUCCGGCUUGCCUCGCCUGCGGCUCUCCUAUCGAGAUCUCCUGUCGGCCAACCGCUCUGCCAUUUUUCUGGGCCUGCGGGGCUCCCUAGACCUCCAAGUCAUGUAUCUGGAUGAGUAUCGGGAUCGCCUCUUCCUAGGAGGCCGCGACGCCCUCUACUCUCUGAGGCUGGAUCAGGCAUGGCCAGACCCCCGAGAGGUCUUGUGGCUGCCACAGCCAGGACAGAAGGCAGAAUGCGUCCGAAAGGGAAGAGACCCUGUGACAGAGUGUGCCAACUUCGUGCGGGUCUUAGAGCCCCACAACCGGACCCACCUGCUGGCCUGCGGCACUGGAGCCUUCCAACCCCUCUGCACCCUCAUCACAGUGGGGCACCGAGGGGAGCACGUGCUCCGCCUGGAGUCCAGCACCGUGGAGAACGGAAGGGGACGUUGCCCGCAUGAGCCAAGCCGUCCCUUCGCCAGCGCCUUUGUAGGUGGGGAGCUGUACACAGGGCUCACUGCUGAUUUCCUGGGACGUGAGGCCAUGAUUUUCCGCAGUGGGGGUCCCAGAGCAGCCCUGCGUUCUGACUCUGACCAGAGCCUCCUCCAUGACCCCCGGUUUGUGAUGGCUGCCCGGAUCCCAGAUAACUCUGACCGGGAUGAUGACAAGGUCUACUUCUUCUUCUCUGAGACUGUCCCAUCGCCGGAUGGUGGCCCAGGGCGUGUCACCAUCAGCCGUGUGGGCCGAGUCUGUGUGAAUGACGCUGGUGGCCAGCGUGUACUGGUGAACAAAUGGAGCACAUUCCUGAAGGCCAGGCUGGUGUGCUCCGUGCCUGGCCCUGGUGGGGCCGAGACUCACUUUGACCAGCUGGAGGAUGUGUUCCUGCUGUGGCCCAAGGCAGGGAAGAGCCUUGAGGUGUAUGGGCUGUUCAGCACUGUCAGUGCUGUGUUCCGGGGCUUUGCCGUCUGCGUGUACCACAUGGUAGACAUCUGGGAGGUCUUCAACGGUCCCUUUGCCCACCGAGAUGGCCCUCAGCAUCAGUGGGGACCUUAUGGGGGCAAGGUGCCCUUCCCCCGUCCUGGCGUGUGCCCUAGCAAGAUGACUGCACAGCCCGGGCGGCCCUUUGGCAGCACCAAGGACUAUCCAGAUGAGGUGCUGCAGUUCGUCCGAGACCACCCACUCAUGUUCCAGCCCGUGAGGCCUAGGCGCGGCCGCCCUGUCCUGGUCAAAACUCACUUGGCUCAGCAGCUGCGCCAGAUUGUGGUGGACCGGGUGGAGGCUGAGGAUGGGACCUAUGACGUCAUCUUCCUAGGGACUGAUUCAGGCUCUGUGCUCAAAGUCGUUGCCCUCCAAACGAGUGGCAGCGCUGAGCCGGAAGAGGUCGUUCUGGAGGAGCUCCAGGUGUUUAAGGUGCCAACUCCCAUCACCCAGAUGGAGAUCUCUGUCAAAAGGCAAACACUGUUCGUGGGCUCUCCGCUGGGCGUGGCCCGGCUGCAACUGCACCAGUGUGAGACUUACGGCAGUGCCUGUGCAGAGUGCUGCCUGGCCCGGGACCCUUACUGUGCUUGGGAUGGUGCUUCCUGCACCCGCUACCGCCCCAGCUUGGGCAAGCGCCGGUUCCGUAGGCAGGACAUCCGACACGGCAACCCUGCCCUGCAGUGUCUGGGCCAGGGUCAGAGCCAAGACAAGGAAGCUUCGGGACUGGUGACCAGAGUCUUUGGCACAGAGCACAACAGCACCUUCCUUGAGUGUCUGCCCAAGUCUCCCCAGGCUGCAGUGCGCUGGUUCUUACAGAGGCCAGGGGAUGAGGGGACUGACCAGGUGAAGACAGAUGAGCGAAUCGUGCGAACAGAGCAGGGGCUGCUGUUCCGGAGGCUCAGCCGCCUUGAUGCAGGGAACUAUACCUGUACCACCCUGGAGCACGGCUUCUCCCAGACCGUGGUUCGGUUUUCCCUGGAGGUGAUCGCAGCCGCGCAGCUGGACAGCCUGUUCCCCCGGGAGCCAAGGCUAGAGGAGCCCUCAGCCUGGAGAGGCCUGGCCUCUGCCUCACCCAAGACUUGGUACAAGGACAUCCUUCAGCUCGCUGGCUUCGCCAACCUGCCCCGUGUGGAUGAGUACUGUGAGCGUGUGUGGUGUAGGGGGCUUGGGGAGCGCUCGGGCUCCUUCCGGGGCCGGGGAAAGCAGGCGAAGGGCAAGAGCUGGGCGGGGCCAGAGUUAGGCAAGAAGGUGAAGAGCCGCGUGCUGGCCGAGCACAAUCGGACACCCCGGGAGGUAGAAGCCACAUAGAAGAUGACCGAAGAGGGGGUGGCCAGGCUGGGCUUGGGGAGGGGGGACGCAACAGCAUCUCCCUCCCACCCAGCUAGGGCAGAGGAGGCCAGGGCACCCGGUUACCUCUUAGAGAUGGAAGUCUCUACCGUGCCUACAGGAAAGACUAGAGGCUGGUAGGAGGGGCCACGCACCUCAGCCUGCCCCCGUCUGUCUGUGCGCACUCAGUCCCAAGCUGGAGCUGGCACACACACACCCCUUCCCCCGCACCCCGCCGCCGACCACUUGUAGUCCCAAGGGGCCUGCUUAUUUGUUCUCAGAGAUGGUGUGGCUUCCGGACGCACGUUUCCGGUUGUGCCCAGAGUCUUGGGUGGUUCUCAGCUUGCAGAACAAUGGCCAUUCUGGGUGGGCGUAUGGAUGGCUCUGAGGGGGACAUUCUGGCAAGUCCACCAGAGAUGGGGAAAGUGGCCUUGUGAGCUGGCAUCUGUGAAGAAGCAUUUGCCCCAACGGAGGGGUGUGAAAGAAGGUUUCCCUGCCUCUGCCCACCGCCACCUCCAACGUACAGACGCAGAAACAGCCGGAGCCCUGGAGGUGGCCUGGCUCCCCUUUUACACCAGGAAGAGUGGUCUCACAAGAUGACACCUCACCAUCAGGGUCACUUCCUGAGGAUCGGAAGGAGGGCCUGAGGGGGGCGGAGGGAGGAAGAAAGCAGCUGCCGGGGUGGGUGGAUGGGAGCAGGAAGGGGCUACCUUUCUAAGGGGGAGGCGGCACACUCGGGCCUGCGAGGUUAGGACCGGGACUCUCUGAGAACUGCAGCCUGUGGUCAGGGUCAGCGUCCUGGGCUUUGUCCAGGGCCACAAGGACCUAGAGAGAGGCGGGUCCAUGGGGGGGUCCGUGACAGGUGUCUGUCCUCCAGAGUCAAGGUGACACCAGUCAGUUCGGGAGUCACUAGAUGGGCCAGAUAUUUCCAACCCCGGAGUCUGUGUUUCCUGCUCUACUACACAGGGUGGCCGUGGUGGUUCAUUUGUUAGGACUCCCAUGGUUUCCGUGGUACUGGGGACUGAACCGCCAGGGUCUCAGGCACGCUAGGCGGCAAGCGCUCUCCCCGCUUUCUUUCUAGCUGGAGGUUGUGGAAAAGAAAGCUGGUGUCAAGGGCACAUCUGGCCUGGGCUGUAGGGAGGGGCUUUGCCAUCAGCCCAGAGUGGAGGAGGAGGAGGAUGAGGAUGAGAACCAUUAGAUGAAAAGUUAUUCCCAGCCUGAGGGUGAGCAAGUCAGUGACUUUGCACAAGACAGACAAGAGGGCAAGCCUGAGACCUCUCUCCCUUGAAAAGAAGGAGAAAGAAGAAAAGAGAGAAAGAGAGAGAGAGUGUGUGUGUGUGUGUAGGGGGGAGAUGGAAAGGCAAGACAGAGGUUCUUACUCCACGGAAGUUCAAAACCUUGGGUUUUAUUUCCUCUACCCUGGCACCCCCAGGGUGCCGGGAUCUGAACAUGCACCCUUUUCUUCACUUGAUUCAUCUGGCAAACAGAUGCCCUGAAACCCACCAGCCCAAACCCCAGAUCCCUUCUGCUUAUGGGUGUGGCCCUUGGGAUAUCGGUGAAGGGAGAGAGGAGUGGGCGGAAGCCGGAGGAAAGCAGGGAUGGGGAGACAGAGGGGAUGAACGAGGUGGAGGAGACCCAGAGAAGACGGAAAGUGGCAGCCUAGUCCUCAGCGGCCUUUGCACCAAGUCUAGGUUUGGGACGCUCUGGGUAAGACCCCCCCCCCGAAGUGACUCUGGAAAACGCAGGGAUAAGGAACCCAAUAUCCUCAGCAGUGCACACCCCGUUGUGGGAACAGGACAGCUCCUGCCGACGGCCACCCUCCCAUGGUACUGUGGUUCGAGCACCCGGGAACACCCACGUGUGUGAUUUGUGUUUGUGUUAGUGUUUUGAAGCGGGCCUUUUGGCUUCUCGGUCUUCCAAGCACACUUACUGAAAUUGUUAUGGAUAUUUUUAUUGUCUGUGGUUGCCUUUGAGCUCUGAUGAGGAAAGCAGAGGCCAUAAAAGGAUGAAAAAAAAUAUUUAUACCACUCAAUUACAUCA